UGUGUGCCGGCUCGGCGCUCCGCAGCUCUCCGUGCAGGCUUUGGUUACAUCCCAGGAGAGCAGGGCUGGGAUUUAAACCCUCUCCAGCCCCGGCUGCAAUAGAUGUGCCCUACUUUGGAUAUUCCUGCAUUGAAUGUCUGAGGAGCUCCAGCCGAUCCUGAGCCAUGUCGCAGAUGUUGCACAUAGAGAUUCCCAACUUCGGGAACACCGUUCUGGGCUGCCUGAACGAGCAGCGGCUGCUGGGGCUGUACUGCGAUGUCUCCAUCGUGGUGAAGGGCCAGGCCUUCAAGGCUCACCGGGCGGUGCUGGCCGCCAGCAGCCUCUACUUCCGAGACUUGUUCAGUGGGAACAGCAAAAACGCCUUUGAGCUGCCGGGUACCGUCCCCCCCGCCUGCUUCCAGCAGAUCCUCUCCUUCUGCUACACCGGGAAGCUGACCAUGGCCGCGAGCGAGCAGCUGGUGGUGAUGUACACGGCGGGCUUCCUGCAGAUCCAGCACAUCGUGGAGAAAGGCACGGACUUGAUGUUCAAGGUCAGCUCGCCCCACUGUGACUCUCAGACCACCAUGAUCGAAGACCCCAGCUCGGAGCCGCAGAGCCCCUGCAACCAGCUGCAGUCGGCCUCGGCGCCCUACGUCAUGUCCCCCUCCAUGCCCAUCCCGCUCCUCACGCGCGUCAAACACGAGAACAUGGAGCUGCAGGCGGCCGCCCUGCCCGGCGGGCCUGGGAAAAGGCCCCUGGAAGCCGGCGCCCGGGCGGGCGCAGGCGGCGGCGCCAACGCGGGGCCCCUGAAGCUCUCCCGCGUGUCCUACUACGGGAUGCCCAACCUGGCCACCCUCAUCCCCAACGUGCAGCAGGUGCAGUACUCGCAGGGGGAGCGGACGAGCCCCGGCGCCAGCAGCAUCCCCACCACCGACAGCCCCACCUCCUACCACAACGAGGAGGACGAGGAGGACGACGAGGCCUACGACACCAUGGUGGAGGAGCAGUACGGGCAGAUGUACAUCAAGUCCUCGGGAGGCUACUCUGUUGCUCAAGAGAAGCCGGAGCAGAUCCCGCUGGAGAACCGCUCCUGUGUCCUCAUCCGACGGGAUCUCGUUGCUCUCCCAGCCAGUCUUAUCAGUCAGAUCGGAUACCGCUGCCACCCAAAACUCUACUCGGAGGGAGAUCCUGGAGAAAAACUUGAGCUCGUUGCAGGCUCAGGCGUUUACAUCACCCGGGGGCAGCUGAUGAAUUGCCACUUAUGUGCCGGUGUCAAACACAAGGUCCUCCUGAGGCGUCUCCUGGCCACCUUCUUCGAUCGGAACACACUUGCCAACAGCUGCGGAACUGGAAUCCGGUCCUCCACGAGCGAUCCCAGCAGGAAGCCCUUGGACAGCAGAGUCCUUAAUGCAGUCAAAUUGUAUUGUCAGAAUUUUGCCCCGAGCUUUAAGGAGAGCGAGAUGAACGUGAUCGCGGCCGACAUGUGCACCAACGCCCGCCGCGUCCGCAAGCGCUGGCUGCCCAAGAUCAAGUCCAUGCUGCCGGAAGGGAUGGAGAUGUACCGCACCGUCAUGGGCUCCACCACAAACAGUGUCCCCCUGGAUCCCGAAUUCCAGCCCAACACUGCUCAGGUCUUCGAGCAGCGAAUCUAUGCAGAAAGGAGGAGCGACUCGGGAACUAUAGUAGCCUUGAGAACUAACACAGUGAAUGUAGAGCUGAGCAACGGAUCCAACCAGUCCUUCGAACAGAGCGAGGACGCCGAGGGGGCCGGCUCUGUCAUACAGGAGGCAGCUGCCACAGAUGCCAUGGCAUCGGAUACCCAAAGCACUCCCCAACCUUUUGAACAAGGUUCGGGCUCCUCCAGCCGGCCCGAGACUCCCGUGAGAAGACAAGAUGGUACUUACGGAGGGACUUUAUAGAGAGAGCAAACAUUUCAUGACCUAUAAGGGAUCUGUAAUACUAAAGCUGCUUGCAUGCAUUACUAAUACAAAACAAAAAAAAAAUGUGAUCAAGCCACUUACCUACUGAACUGCUACUGUUGCCUGAAAAAAAUGUGAUUUUUAUUCUGCUUGUAUUUAAAAUUUAUGAAGGAAAUAAUCGCAUUCGUUAUACUGUAAACGACUAGGUCUGUGGCGACCUACUUAAAAAAAUAUUGGGCUCCUUUUUUGAUAUUCCUGAGGUUACUCUAUAAGAUUGUAGCUUUUUCUUUUUUUUUUUUUCCUUUUUCCUUUCCUUUUUUUUUAUUUUCUUUCUCGUUUUGUUUUAAGAAGGGGAGGAGAAAAGCUAGCCACCCCCCCCACCCACCACCACCCCGUCAUCACCCCAUCCAUCACUCAGCUCAGAAGUAAAGCCAUCGUUAACCUUGUCCUCUAAGGGAAGUUUUGUCACUGAACAGGAAAGCGAGGUGUGUUCGGGUGCAGGUGCUGUGACUGGCCGUGUUUGUCUCUGGAAGGGCUCGAGCCAAGUGGGACAGGGUGGGGGAAAUCUGGUGUCAGAGGGAGAGCCCCGGGCCGUGGGUGCUGCGGGGCUGGGCUGCGGUGCUGUUGUCCCGGGGAGUUUCAUCCAGCUCCCGGGAGCUGGGAAGGUUCCUUGGGAGUUCAGGCUGGCACGUGUUGGGAGGACUGUGUGGGAUGCAGGUGGAGAGCCUGGCCGGAGUUGUGGUUGUUGUUGGUUUUUUUUCCCCAAUACGGCUGGGGUUGGGUUUGGUUUCUCCCUCCCUCCCUCCCUCCCUCCCAGCUGCUCCUUUUCCUUUGCUUCUCCGCGUUUGCACCUUCGCGUCACCCGCUCCCGGGCGGACGGGCUCGUGUCACCCCCUGCACCAGUGCGGGUCCUGGGGGCACCUCCUAGGGGGGAACACCCCCUCCUCAGUGCCUGUGAAGGGAUUUAGGGAGGAAUCUGAGCAUGGAAAGCACGUUGUUCUUGCUCCAAAGGGCACGGAGCCGGGAGCUCUUGGCAUCGGCUCCCGGCGGUGUCUGCACCGGUGGCGUGCAGGGCUCACCCUCUGCCCCCUCCCUCCUCUCCAGGCCAACCAGGCUCUUGGCUUUUAAUAAUUUGAAGUGUAUUGAAUGCAAAAAUUUUUUAAAAAACCCUCUAGAUUUGUGCCCUUCUGUGAAGAGGUUUUGGGGAGGAGGAAGCGUUUUGCCUCCUGCUCCCCCUCCGACAGCCCCUUCUGGGGAAAACCCAAUGUGGAGUUAUUUCGUCUUUGUUUUCGUUGUUGCAGGCUGAUGUCCCCAGGCUGUGGUGGCUUUGGUGGCCCCAGCUGGCCCUGGGAUGGGAACUGUGGGUGUCCCUGGAGUCUGGUGGGCAGCAGGUACCAGCUCUGCCCCUACAAACCCCAAAGUGACCGGAGUCCUUUUCCACAGAUCCGGCUCCAACAGGACCCUGUGGUUCCACCCAGAGUGCUGGGGCUGGGCUGGAGGACCCCGGGCACCCACAGGGAUGCCAAGGCCAGGGUGCCCCCAGGGGAUGGGGGCAGUGACGUGAAAGCCAAGUUUGGCUUUUUCCUUUUUUGCUUUCCUUUUUUUUAAUGCUGAUUAUUUUUACUGUGACUUAAUGACCUGCUUUAAUGACAUUUGCAGCUUGUUCUUUAACACAUUUGGGACUAGGAACAAGGUGCACAAAGAGUCACUUUUUGGCUGCUGUGGCUGUGCUCCUCUUUUCUUCCCUGCUUUGGUUCCCGAAUCCAGACAGCGCUUUUGCUCAGGGUUUUCUUCCUUCUUUGUAUUUCCAUUGGGAAAGGGGGAGCGGGGAGAGGAUAACCCAACUUUUGGCCAUUUGUUUUGUUUUCUUUGAUACUUGAAGCAGUUUUUUGCAUCGUAAUAACAAGGCUGCCCAGCCUGUGCCACUGCUCCUGACACAAAAAAAUCAGCGAUGGGGGAGUUCCUGCCCCAUGUCUUGCACAGCUUGUGGGUUUUGGCACAGCUUGGUGGGGGGACUGUGACACCCUGGACCAGCUGUCAGGGGGCUGAUGCUGGUGGAGAGGUGUGGGAUGCUUUGGAAGAGUGGGAAUGAGCACAGCCAGGGGCUCUAUUUGCACUUUACCCACAUCACUAAAAGAAACUGGGGACCACAGGGCUGAGCUCGGGGUGGGCUUUGUCCCCAGCCAUCCCCAGCCCUCCUUGGCCCUGGGGGUGUCCCCAUGCCCCCCACAGCAGCUGCUGGAGGGCACCUUGGUGGGGCUCAGGGGGUCAGGUUUGGCUGAGGACCCUCCUGAUCCCCAAAAGUUUGGGUUUGCCAAAAGUUUUGAGGCAAGCUGGGAGCGGAUCCGGGUGUCAGAGAUCAGAAGUCGUCCCUUCUGUGUGUGUCUGUGUGCAUAUAUAUAUAUAAAUAUAGAGAGAAAAGAUAUUGCAAAGGAUUCCUCCUCCUUUUUAGCACUUGCUGGGGGUGGGGAGCAGGCUGAGCCCCCCAGCUGGGGGCUGCACUUGGCUGUAGGGAUUAAUUCUGGACCAAACCUGUUCCCAGACAGCCAGCAGGGCCUCCAGGGGGGCAGCAGCAAAGUACUUGAAUGGCUUAGGACAGAGAGUCUGGAGAGAGUCAAGUUGCACAGUGAAAAUAUAUAUUUUUAUACCUAGCACAACUUCCUGUAUAUUUUGGGGGUUUUUUUCUUUCUUUUUUUUUUCUCCUUUCCUCUUUUUUUUUUUUUUGAUUUGGGUUUGUUUUAUUAAUUAUUAUUAUUGUUAUUAGGAAGGCAAACUUCUAAAAUGUGAAGGGCGUUGGGUUUUUCCUUAUCUGGUAGAUGAGGGCAAGCAUUUUGCACUAAUGUUUCCUGUGUGUGGAGGAUUAAUGAUAUGUUUGAAAAUGUUAUAUGGUAAUGAUUGUAUUCUUCCGAGAAAAAAAAAAAAAAAAACAGCGAAAAAAAGCAAAAAAAAAAAAUAACCCCUUUAAAACACUGAAUGUAAGGUGAGAACAGAGCAGUCCAUCGAUUGUAUGCGGCUUUCCUGAGUGCCUUAGAAUUUUUUGAUCAUUUUUUUUCCAAGGAAAACGGAUUAAGAAGAUCAGAUCAUAACCGACUCCUUCCUCCUCUUUGUUUACGACACUAUUUUAAAUUCUAGAAUUUGGGGCUGCUUUAUAAUGUGAAUAGGAAACUGCAUUCA